GCACAGCUCCAAAGGAAGGAGAGCCCUGAGAGGCAGAAGAGGAGAGAGCAGGGCAGCAAGGGGCUGGACCGAGCACUAAGCAAGCCCGAUGCCACUGUGCCUGAAGGCUGCUGUCAGCAUGAGGGACUGCUGCCCCGUGUCGGUGCCCCAGUACGGUCGGUACGCCCCGCGCCUCAGGGCCUCGCGCACUGUGCACUUCCCCAACGACGUCGUCUUUCAGGACCAUAUCAAGCAGGGGGACCUGGAACAGGUGGGCAGGUUCAUACGAGCCAGGAAGGUGACGCUGGACACCAUCUACCCCUCCGGCAUGGCAGCUCUCCACGAGGCUGUGCUGACAGGAAACCUGGACUGUGUCAAGCUCCUGGUGAAGUACGGUGCCGACAUCCACCAGAGAGAUGAGAACGGCUGGACACCCCUGCACAUGGCCUGCAGCGACGGCUACGCCGACAUAGCCAGGUACCUCCUGUCCCUCGGGGCCAGCCUGGAGGCCACCACCGAUGACGGGGAGAAGCCCUCGGACCUCAUCGAUCCCGAGUACGAGGACCUGGUGCAGCUUUUCGGAGCCACCGCGCUGCGCUGAAGCGGGCGCGGUGAG